AUGACCGAUCAUCAAGAAUCGGCUAUUAGCGACCCGCGCGCUAGUUUGCAAAAUCUAUCUUCGCGGCAGGAAUCCUCAUUUCAAUAUGGUGAUCCAGCAAAGCAUCAGACCAAAAACACUACGGUAUCGAAAGACGACAAAUCAGAGAAAAGUGUAGAAAUAAUCAAUUAUCAAGAUGAUGCGUACGACACAGAAGAAGCAGAUAAGAAGUUCUUGGAAUCGAAACCAACAUGUUUUCUUAUUCUCGGCAAACCAGGUGUUGGCAAAACACUUCUAGCAAGAAAAUUAGCUGAUGAUUGGCAUGCUGAAUUGAUCAAUAUUGCCGAUUUAAUCACAUCGAACAUCAAACAAAAAACUGAGCUUGGUUUGCAUGCACGUGAUUUGCUCAUACGUGGCGAAACUGUGCCCGAUCAAAUGAUCGCACGAAUGUUAGACAUCAAGAUGCGCUCACCGGAAGUUGCACAUCAUGGCUAUAUCUUGGAUGGCUUUCCACUUAUGAACGAGAAUGCCAUGAAAUUACGUGAUCAAAUGGCAGUAAUGAAAAACUGGCCAUUAACACCCGAUUAUGUGAUUAAUAUUCGUAUACCUGAUGGCGAUCUGAUCAAUAGAAGAGAAGGUGAAAAAAUCGAUCCAUUGACUGGUGCUUUGUACAUAAAAGAACAGUAUGCGCCAACACCAAUCGAAAAGCCUGAUAAACAACCAUCGGAAGAUGAUGAUGAAGAGAGUGAUGACGAUGACGACGACGAUGAUGAAGAACAAAUCGAAGAAGAAGAACAAGUAGUGGAUGAAUUUUUCACUCAGAUCGAAGCGGAUAUUGUCGAAAGAUUGGUAACUCGACCUGAAGACAUGAUGCCUGAUGUUGCUGAUAGUAUCAAAGUAUUCAAAGAUCAACUCUUACGCAUGCUCGAAGAGUAUAUGGCAAGUUUAUCGCAUUCAUAUUUAAUUGAACUCGAUGGAAAUAUGUCACCAACUAUUCUUUUUCAACAACUACUCGAACGUUUGAGUGCCUAUCCAAUUAGACGAGCAGCUGUUGUUCAACGAUUCUUCCCGCCUGAAGACGAGGAAGAAGAAGUUCAUCAUGAUGGUGACGAGAUGGGAGAAGAAGGAGAAGAAGAUGAAGACGGUGAAAAACCAGGCCGUGCUGAAGAAGCGUCACCUGCGGAUGAAAUGGAUACAGAAGAAUUGAUGCUUUCACUAGCUGGAGCAAAUGUUCUCUCGAACAGAUACAAAUGGCAACGAAGCCGUUGGUUACGUGUAGAUCCGGUCGCUCUUAAACAAGGAAAUCGUGUUCCAGGCCGUCAGGAAUUUUCCGUUCAUUUCAUGGAUAAGAUUUUCGUUCUUUCGAACAAAGAAACAUUGAAAGAAUUUCAAAAGAAUCCACGACGUUAUAUCAAUCAAGCACGACAACCGUGUAAACUUUUUCUCUAUGGUCCUCGCGUGUCUGGCAUUGAUAAAUUAGCACAAGAUCUCGCUAGAAAAUACGAUGCUACUGUUAUUGAUAUGGUUGCAUAUUGCCAACCAAAAGUCGAUGAACUCCGUCAGCAGUAUAUCGAUAAGAUUCGCGGCGAAGUUCAACAAGCGACAAUCGAGAAGUUACAACAGCAGGCUGAAAUUGAAGCCGCAGAAAGAGCAGCACGACAGCCGACACCACCCGAAGAGCCAGACGAAGAAGAAGAGGCCAACGAUGAUGCAGAACCAUCCAAUAUCGAAGAUGGUGAAACAAUUACUGAUCCAAAUGAUCUUGACCAAACAGAAAAAGCUCCAAAUGCUGAUGCCGAAGAAGAGAAUGAAUUACAACCACCAAAACAACCGUCACCUACACCUGGUGGAGUUUCACCAACACCAGCUGUUGCGUCAUCAUCACCUGUGCCAGGCACACCUUCAGCAGCAUCACCAGCGCCGGAAGAAGUACUAGAAGAGGAGCAGAUUCAAGUUGCACCCAUCACUGCUGAUCAUCCCGAAGUGAAACAAGCUGUUGAACAAGCAGUCGAAGAAGCUCGUAAUGCGUCCAUUAAUGUUCCAGCCGAUGUCGUGGCUGAAUUAAUGUCUCAAGCGAUUCAAAAGGUUGAACAAGAACAACGAGAAAAGAAUCCUAGUGGACCAUUAUACGGCAAUUGGAUUUUCGUCAAUUCGCCAUUUGACAAAGAAACGUUUACUCUUCUCCACGAAAAACAUAUUCAACCAGAUGAUGUAGUUGUUCUUCAAGACACUAAUCCUCAACUGGAGGCAUUGCAAAAACGCUGGUAUAAAGCCAAUCGCGCAGAAAUCGAUAAGGAAAUUCAUGAACGGGAGGAGCGUGAAGCAAACGAACGACGAAUCCAAGAAGAAGAACGAAAACGAAAAUUAGAAGAGAUGAAAUUACUUGCCGAACAAGAACGACAGGAACGUUUAGCAGAACGACAGCGACGAAUUGAAGCUGGUGAAGUAUUGGAUGAUGAUGAAGAAGAAGAUGAAGAUGGAACUGAUGAGAAAGAGAUGGAACAGGCCAUUCUUGAAGAUCGAAAUUACGAACCGAAAAAGGAAGAUUUCAUCGAUAAAAUUCCCGAAACAAUUUUAGAAGAGGAUGAAUCCAUGGGUAAAGAAGGCGAUAAAGACAAAGAAAGCAAUACGGAUCUUCAUCAUGGUCCACCCUCAAUAUCUGACGUACCAGUCGAUGAAGAAGUUGUACCACCCGCUGGUGUUGAACGUGAUACAUUCGUUCAACAAGCUCGUGUCGAGGUCACACGUAUUAAUGAAUUGAUGGCAACCAUAAACAAUGUUUUCAAUCUUGAACCGAUCUAUAUCGAAUUAAUGAAAGAAGAUGGCGAAAAAUUGAAGAAACGAGACGAGCUAUUGCAAGAAUCAUAUGACGCACUUGAAAAACAAUUUAAAUAUGCCGUUUUGGAAACAGACGACGGUGAAGAAGGUGCUGACGAUGAAGAAGAAGGUGAGGAAGGUGAAAAUGAAGAGGAAGAAGAGGGCGAAGAGGAAGAAGUCGAUCUGUUUAAACGCGAUCGAAAGAAGCAUUUGGGUGAUACAAGUAUCUAUGAUCCUGUUGCAUUAUUCGAGAAAAAUGUACUCGUACCUGGCAAACCCGAUUUUAUUCUUUCGUACAAUUCGAAAACAUAUCGUUUUGCUAACGACGAUAAUCGCAGCGCAUUCCUACAAACACCAUUGAAAUAUUUACCAAUUACGAAGUCACCAGCGCUACCUGCAAUUCGCAUCAGUAUCAUUGGACCGGAAGGUGCUGGUAAAACUCUACAGGCACGAGAAUUGGCAAUCAAAUACGAUGCGUUUCAUAUUAAAUUUCGCGAUCGUUUACAAGAAUUGAUCAUUGGCAAAACAAAAAUGAAAAUCGGUCCAGAAUACAGUGAAUCACGUGAUGAAGACGAUGCAGAAGAAGAAGAUGAACAAAAACCAGACAAGCCCACUGAAGAAACCGAAGAAUUAACACCUGAAGAAGAAAACAUCAAAGCUUAUUUACAAGAUGGUGAACCGUUAACGCCGGAAAUCUUAGACAAAAUUGUCAAACCGUGGUGGACUGAAGAGCCGUAUCGUUCACGUGGCAUCGUUCUCGAAGGUUUUCCAGCCGCUGAAGACGAAGUUUUCUAUAUGGUUGAAAAUCAACUGAUACCAGAUAUUGUUCUUGAGCUGGAAACCGAAAGUAAAGAUAUUGUAAAAAGAAUCUUGCCUAAACGUAUGGAACAAUGGACGAAAAAAAUGCAAGGGAAAAAGGAUAAACGUGCGAAUAAGAAAGCCAAGCGAGAUCGAGAUACGAAGAAAAAGAUCGAUGCACGACGCUUGGAAUUGAUUCAAGAACGAGAUAAACGUAUCGAAGCAGGCGAAAUCGUCGAGGAUGAUGAAAUCGAGCAAACAUUAGCUGACGAAUUUCCACCUGAUGAAGAAGAUCUCGAUGCAGGCGAAGACGAAGAAGAUGCUAAUACCGCUCGUGGUCGUCUUACUGAAGCUAUUGAACAACAGUUCAACGAUGCCAAAGAUCGAAUCGAAGGAGUUAAAAAAACAUUCCAAGAAGAGUUCGUUCCCUAUGCUGCUAUCCGUGCUUCGGACAAACCACGUUAUGUAAGGAAUCGUAUCACUAAAAAGCUCGAACGAUUUGUAACUGUACGUCAAAACUUAUUCGAACGUGUCUAUCCCAUUCGGGCUCAGUUAGCCGAAAAGCUCAUCGACGUUGGUUAUCUACAUUAUUCAAAAUUUGGAAAAUUCUGCCCCGUAUCUUUAUAUAAUGGUGACUGCUUUCCACCAGCAUUUGGUCCAGAUAAACCAGCGCGUACUGCUGUCUAUCGAAAAUAUGUGUACUUUCUUGCUAAUGACGAAGCACGAAAUGAAUUUAUCAAAAAUCCAAUUCUUUACACACAUCAACCACCACCGAAAUCACUCGUUCCAGCAAAGAUUGCUCUUGUUGGCCCACCAAAAGCUGGCAAAACCACCGUUGCUAAACGUAUCGUCGAAGAGAUCGGCUGUGUUCGCAUAUCUUUGGGCGAUGCUGUACGAUACAUACUCGAUAAACAACGACAUACGAUUCUCGGCAAAGAAUUACAUGGAUUACUACUGAAGGGUAGUGAGAUCUCGCCAGAAACUGCUAUUCGUUGUUUGGAAAUGAUGUUAAUGAAUGCGAAAUGUCAAACAAGAGGUUAUAUAUUGGACGGUUUUCCUCUAACGAAAAAACAUGUUGAAUUAAUCACAGAAAAAGGUAUUAUUCCAUAUAAAAUCUUCGAGUUGGAAUCUGAUGUUACGGAAUGUACAAUGCGAGCAAUGAAAGAUCGUAGUGAUCCAAAUCGCCCAUUUCCAUUGCCGGAUAGUCCAGAAGCAAUUGCUAAUCUAUAUGCAAUUUAUCAACAUGAAAUUGCACCUGUGCGUCAAUGGUACACGGAAGAGCAUAAAAACUGGAUGAUUGUCAAUGGUAAAAAUAACAAAUGGCUCAUUUGGGACAAAAUCGCACAAGAAACUACUAAUGUUACAAAGAAAAUUCAAAAUUAUAUUGAACGAAAAUCACUGAAUAAGGCAGCUAGUAUUGCUGAUCUUUGUAUUCUACCAAAAGAACUAUUAGAACGAUUGGGAGAAUACGAACAUUAUUGUCCUGUAUCAUUGGUAUUAUAUGAUGAAUUAGUCGAUCGUUCUGGUGAUACAAAAACCGAUUAUGCUGCAGAAUAUCGAGGAAAAUACUAUCGUAUGGCUGGACCCAAAGAACUUCAACUAUUUUUGGAUGAUCCUGAACGUUUCGCUCCACUUGAACCACACAAAUUACCACCACCACUAAGUCGUCGACCGCAUCGUCGUACUGAAGCUGAAGUGAAAGCUUUAUUAUCUAAGCCAGUGGAAUUCGGCAACUAUUGUCCAGUGACAUAUCUCAAUGGCGGCAAAAGAUAUGAAUGUCUUUCUCUUGGUCAACCCGAAUUCGCAGUGGAAUAUCGUGAAAAGCUAUAUUUUCUUUUGAAUGAAGAAGCUCGAGAAAAGUUUAUGAGACAACCAGAAAAAUACUGGAAUCUUCCGUUGCCGAAGAAACUUCCUCCGCCGAAAACGUCGAUCGAUGUACUGAAUUUACCAAGUCUUGGUUAUCUUGAACAAACAGUAGCACAAACAGUUAUUAAAAGCCUAACAGCCACGGGUAAUUUCAAACCGAAAUUUCCAUUCUUGUCAAUCAAAUCAUCUGCUCUCAUUUACCUGGCUUAUCAUCUCAAAGCACACAACACGAAGAGUUCGGAAUAUCUCCGUCGAAAAUUUCGAAGAAAAUUAUACAUUUUCGAAGAGCAAUGUGAAUUGAUCAAUUAUUUAGCGGAAAAAACGACCAUACGUUAUAAAAAGCCGGAAAAGCGUACGCCGGAAUACAAUGUCAAAUAUGAAACAUUCUUUGCCUUACAACACAACAUGCCUACACUGAAUUGGCUAACAUAA